AAUGAGCAAUGUUUGUAAAUGGAAACAAACCAUGUGCUAACAUGGCGAAUUUCUAUCGUCCUUCACGAGUCGUUUGUUAAAUAUUGCGUGGUUGUUAUGGAAGUUUCUUUUAACUGGCCUGUAUUUAUUCUUUUUGACAUAUUUUCUUUGUUUUAUUCUUAAAAUUAUACAUUGUAAAGAUGAGUGUCGACGCUUAUGGACCAAGUUCUCAAACACUCACGUUUUUGGACACUGAAGAAGCAGAUCUUAUUGGAGCUGACACACAGGGCUCGGAAUUUGAGUUCACCGACUUUACUCUUCCAUCUCAAAGCCAGACACAGGCGUCACAACAUGAGCAUGGUCUGACAACAUCCAACCAGGUAAAUGGCUUGAGUCGUUCCGAGUUGAUUUCCAAGGUUUCAAGCGUAACAAAUACAAUAGCUGAACUACAAUUUGAAGAAGAAGAUGAAGCUCUAUAUAGCAGCAAAGAACUGCCUGAUCAUGCUUGCAAAUAUUGUGGUAUUCAUGACCCGGCUACAGUUGUCAUGUGUAAUAUAUGCAAUAAAUGGUUUUGCAAUGGCCGUGGUAAUACUUCAGGCUCUCAUAUCAUCAACCAUCUUGUGAGAGCAAAACACAAAGAAGCAGCUUUGCAUCGUGAUGGUCCUCUUGGAGAGACACUCUUGGAGUGCUACUCUUGUGGUGCUCGCAAUGUGUUUGUCCUCGGUUUCAUACCUGCUAAAGCUGAUUCUGUUGUUGUACUUCUAUGUCGUCAACCAUGUGCUGCACAGAGCUCUUUGAAAGAUAUGAACUGGGAUCAAGAACAAUGGAAACCAUUGAUAUCUGAUCGUGCUUUCCUAUCAUGGCUCGUAAAAGUUCCAUCAGAAGCAGAACAAAUGAGGGCACGUCAGGUGACACCGCAGCAGAUAGGACGUCUUGAAGAGCUCUGGCGUGACAAUGUAGAUGCUACUUUCCAGGACUUGGAAAAACCUGGUGUUGAUGAAGAACCACAGCAAGUUUUACUGAGAUAUGAAGAUGGUUACCAGUACCAAAAUAUAUUUGGCCCACUGGUUAAAUUGGAGGCUGAUUAUGAUAAGCGGCUAAAAGAAUCACAAACCCAAGAAGGAAUUGAGGUCCGCUGGGAUGUAGGUCUUAACAAGAAGACUAUUGCUUACUUCACACUUGCUAAAACUGAUAGUGAUAUGAAAUUAAUGCAUGGAGAUGAAUUGAGAUUGAGAUAUGUUGGUGAACUGCACAAGGCAUGGGCUGGUGUUGGCCACGUGAUCAAAGUGCCUGACAACUAUGGCGACGAUGUGGGCCUUGAGUUAAAGAGUGGUGCUGGCGCUCCUCUCGACUGCACUUCUAAUUUCGUUGUUGAUUUUAUAUGGAAGAGCACUUCUUUCGACAGAAUGCAAUUGGCUCUACGAAAGUUCGCUGUUGAUGAUUCAUCAGUAUCCGGCUAUAUAUAUCGCCGUUUAUUAGGUCAUGAAGUAGAGGAAGUUUUGUUUCGCGUCCAUCUGCCGAAACACUUCAGUGCACCGAAUUUACCUGAUCUCAAUAGAUCACAGGUAUAUGCAGUAAAACACGCUUUACAGCGUCCCUUGUCCUUGAUUCAAGGACCGCCAGGAACAGGUAAAACUGUAACAUCAGCGACAAUCGUCUAUCAAUUAGUAAGGCAGAAUGGCGGACCUGUCUUGGUCUGCGCACCAUCUAAUACUGCUGUUGACCAACUUACUGAAAAGAUACAUAGAACUGGAUUGAAAGUUGUAAGAUUAUGUGCAAAAUCAAGAGAAGCUAUGGAAUCAUCUGUAUCAUUUUUAGCGCUACAUGAACAAGCUCGCGCACUUGGAUCUGUUGAUAGCGAGUUACGUAAGUUGACUAGACUCAAGGAAGAAGCUGGUGAAUUAUCAGCUGCUGAUGAAAGAAGAUACCGCGCAUUACGUCGCGCUGCUGAAAGACGUCUUUUAGAUGCUGCAGAUGUAGUGUGUACUACUUGCGUUGGUGCUGGAGACCCAAGAGUUGCUCGCAUGCGUUUCCAAUCUAUACUUAUUGAUGAGGGCAUGCAAUCUACAGAGCCCGAAUGCAUGGUACCAGUCGUACUGGGAGCCAGGCAACUGAUCCUCGUAGGAGAUCAUUGUCAGCUAGGACCCGUUGUCAUGUGCAAAAAAGCUGCUAAAGCAGGCCUUAGUCAGAGUCUUUUUGAACGGUUAGUUGUGUUAGGUAUCCGUCCUUUCCGUCUAGAAGUACAAUACCGUAUGCACCCAGAACUCUCUCGUUUCCCAUCCGAUUUCUUUUAUGAGGGUUCCUUACAAAAUGGGGUUAGCGCUGAAGAGCGUCGCCUGCACAAGAUCGAUUUUCCUUGGCCGAGACCAGACCGUCCAAUGUUCUUCUACGUAACUCAAGGUCAAGAAGAAAUUGCCGGAUCAGGAACAUCUUACUUAAAUAGAACUGAGGCGGCUAAUGUUGAAAAACUUACAACUCGUUUUUUGAAGGCUGGAGUGCGUCCUGAACAAAUUGGUAUUAUUACUCCCUAUGAAGGUCAACGAUCUUACCUCGUGCAGCAUAUGCAAUAUCAGGGUAGUUUGCACGCGAAAUUGUAUCAGGAAAUAGAAGUUGCUAGCGUAGACGCUUUUCAAGGCAGAGAAAAAGACAUAAUUAUUAUGUCAUGCGUACGCUCCAACGAACAUCAGGGAAUCGGCUUUUUAAGCGAUCCACGUCGUCUUAACGUCGCACUGACGCGUGCAAAAUAUGGUCUUAUCGUCGUCGGAAAUCCUAAAGUACUGAGUAAACAACCACUGUGGAAUCACCUCCUGGCAUUUUACAAGGAACGACGCGUGUUAACAGAGGGGCCACUAUCAAACUUGAAAGAGUCUGCUAUCCAAUUUGCGAAGCCCAAAAAAUUGGUAAAUGCCCAAAAUCCGGGGUCGCACUUUAUGUCGACAUCAAUGUUCGACGCCCGCGAAGCCAUGGUUCCCGGCUCGGUAUACGACCGCGCUCGUCCGCUGCGUGAUCCAUUGGCAUACGUGGGGCCGGAGCGGGCCGCAAUGCUUCACGCUCCCGUACCGCCCGCGGCCUUCUCGGCCCACCGACCUUUACAACGCCUACCUAUAGGCGCCAACCAGCGUAGCGGUAGGAAACGGCCGCCGCGUCUGUCACAAGAACCUCUGUCACAACAACCACCAUUGUCGCUAUCACAAGGCGCCUCUCAGCCGGACUUCAGCCAGGAGUCGACGGCUCCGGACUGCCCGUCGCAGCCCGACGGCCUGCUGUCGCAGGACUCCACGUACCAGGGCGGAUUCCGAGCGCGCUGCAGCCAGUAUUGAGAGCGCCGGCCGGACCGCCGCGGGGCCGCACCAGCCGACCGCACUCCUCAGGGGUGGCAGCAGACAUGGUUUUGACGAGAUACGCCGAUGCGCAUCGUACGCCUGACCGAAGACGAACCAAAUUUGGGUGUAGCAGCAGAUAGAGGAUCCUGUAUUCCACGUCUCGUUAGCAGGGGAUUCUUCAGCUUGCGCCGGCGGCGGAAUCCGACCGUGACGAUAACUACGUCUUCGGCCAUUGACCAUAAUGAGUGUAAACUCGAAACUUAGAAAAUGUGUCAUGGCAACCUGUUACCAUGCGCGGAACGCAUUUACGCACCGAGUACCGGUGGGUAAAGUAAAUUCAUUGUUACAUUACAGGGAUAGAAAAUUACGUAGCACAUCAAAAAUGCAGCAUAACUCAGUGAGUUAAAAUUCCUCAAUUGAAUGAAAUUAUAUUUUCUAAAACAUUACUCCAAGGACUUCCAUAACUGCACAAACAUCAACAUUUUACAUGUACUUGUAAACAUCACAGGUUAAUUUGUUUUAUGGAUUUAAAAAUGAAUAAACAAGCCUUUUCCUGUUUAAAACAUCCAUUAUUUUCUUGUUAGAAGGUAUUUUAAAAGUAUUUAUUGUAUUAUUUACAAUACAGAGAAACUAUUGACAUCCCUUUAUUGCAAUAGACCUGACUCAAGGCCUGCAUGUUCAUUUUUACGUCUAAAUUAAUAUAAAGUGCUACCUAGAAUCAAAUGAGACUAAAUAUUUAACCAUCUCCAUUCGCCUUUGAAAUCAUAAUUUCUUUAAUUUUACUUUGACAUAAAGGUAAACUAAGUGUAUUAGUAAAUAUUUUGUUUAUUAGGCGAUAUCUAUGUAAUAUUAUGUAUAUUAUACAUUAUACACUUCAUCAUUUCUUUUCAUUAAAGGGAGGUUCACAACAUCUUCAUUAAUAUCAUUAUGGUAUCAAAAAGUGUCAGAUCUAAAGUUGUAGACAAAAAAUAAGGCUACUUAUUGUUUUUCCUUCCUACAAAGUGGCACCUCUGAUUAGUACAUCGAAUUUUAUAUAACGAUUUUUAUAAAUUUCAACAUACAUGUAUUACCCAUUGAGCCUGCAAGAAUAACUAAUAAGUCCAACAGCAAUUUGCAUUUUAAAUUUGAGGAUAAUUAUGAGUUUCAAUAUAAUAUAAUGUUAUAAUUUACAAUGUACUUGUUACAUUUAGGAUAUGAUUUAAAAUUAAUGUCCUUUAAAACUGAUCAAUAUGUCACAUUUUACAGUGAACAGACGUUAAUGAAUAUAAGUUCAGAUUUUAUUUAUGAUUUCCAAAAUGUACGAUUUUCUAAUUCGUUGAUUCUGAUUUGGAAUCGAAAAGUUACCAUGAACAUGUUCAUCGAAACAACCUAAUAGAUGUGUAAAUUCCACCUAUUAGCAUGUCUAUAUUUAACAUUACAAUGAAUGAGUACAUUAAUUUUGGUUGAGCACUCGUAACUAUAUGACUAGUUACGAAUAUACAUCAUUUCAUUAUAAUCUAUACUAGUAUCCCCGCGACUUUAUCCGGUUUAGCGGAACAGUUACUUAUUUAUUUAGGUACUAGGGUAAAAGUAGCCCAUGCUACGUAGCAUAAGCUAAAUACUAAUAUAAAUACUUACCAAUUUUUUUUCAUACAUACGGCUCACAGUAAACAGUUACCGUAGCCUAUGAACACCUGCAAUACCAGGAGCAUUACGCGCGCGUUGCCGAUCUCGAAUAAACCCCUUUUUUUUAACUCCAUGCUGUAGUAUCAUGGGUAGUAAAACCUCAAUAGGGAGCUCAUUCUAUAAUCUGAGCGUUCUUGGGAGAACCGCGCUGUCGCGACCAUCUAGGCUCUAAGCUAUAAGGGUGAAUUCCUCGUCAUUGAGACGAGGUGUACGAUGGUAGAAAAUAGCUGUGGGCAUUAUGUUAAACAUUUCCUCUGAGCACAAUCCAUUGUAUAACAGAUAGAAAACGCAGUGAGGUAAAAUCUCUCGAAAGUCUUAAGGCUUCGUAUUCAUUUAAUUUCAUGCUGGAUCAUUUAAUUAUUAAUUAAAGUGUCAAGUGCUAAUAACAAACUUACCUACUUGUAAAUUAGCAUAAAAAUUAUUAUCUAUGUAAUCCUAUUUUAACGCUAGAACGUAACGGAGGAUAUGUUUAAGAUUAGUAAUGAUUCAAUUUAGAAGUGACAAACAAGCUCACCCCUAUUCGUACCAUCUUAAAAACGCUCACAAGGCAUGUUUUCAAUAAACAUGCAAAGUGGUAUCUUCAUAUGAUACACCAGUUGGAGAUCGGUUUCCAACAGAUGCAACGCCGGCGCUCUUUUAAGGUUUAUAUAUUGAUUUACACAAGAUUUUUUUUAUACGAGCACUGGACAUAGUAUCUACAGCGCCGACGCCAGCUUGAUGUGAUAACGAUGAGUAUUUGGAACAUUUGGUAAAUUUAAUUUUAGAAUGUCCUUUUAUUGAAUUCUCUCACUUUUGACCUACCUCUAGCCCUCUUUUUAUUUUCUUUUCUCAAAGCAGCUGUUUUACUGUUUUACUUUGGUGCUUAUUAUCACUUUCCUCCAGCUGGACAGUCUGUUUGUCAUUCUAUAUUGCAUAUACACUUGUUACUUCGAUAAAAAAGAUAUGCCAAGAUGGUUUACUAAUUGUGGCAAAUAUUGAAAACCAGGUUAUAAUUCACAAAUACAUGGAAAAAUAAAUCAUUGAAUGAUUAUGUCAGAGUCCUAUGCUAUUGCUGUAAUUUAUUCGUUCGUGAAAAUUAUUGACUAUAGCUUCAUAGUCAGUGAUUUUAUAUGUUCAUUGGCUCUUUAUUUCUCUAAUAAAAGAAACAAAAUUUACUUUUGUCGUUCGCCAGUGCAACCAUUUAGUCUAUAUUUUGUUCUAUAUAGAUAGAUGGAUAGAUUUAUGAAAUGAUAUCCUUUGUGUUAUAGUUAUAACACGAAAUUUAUUUAAUAAACACGAUGGAGUUUGAGACCGAAAUUAAAACAAUUGAAUGUCGAUUAAUAUUGAAUGGACGAACCGAAGCCAUAUGCUUCCAAAGUAAUUUUAAAAAGAGGUGCCCGCCUUGUAUUUAUGUAUUGUCCCAACAAAGAUUAGUUAAGUACAUUUCUCCUUUUUGCGAUGAAACGAUAAACAAUUCUGGGAAAGAAAGAUUAAUAAAUUCAUAUUAGUUUAUACAGUUAAAAAAUUGUUUUAACAGUACGAAUGUGAACUACAAUUUUUAUUUCAUAUAUUUGAUGCCAAUAAUAAAAGAAAGCGUGUCAAACAACUCAUGAUUGUCCUAUUAAAAAGCAAUUUAAGUUUUUAAUAAUGAAACUAAUAUCGACAAGAGAAAAUUUUCCCUGUUAAUUUAUAAGUUCACAAAUAAUGAAAAAAUAUAUUGUUAAAUAUUUAUUUGAGGCAUUAUAUACAUGUAUUGACUUAACAAUAACAAUAUCUUCAUACUGUCGCUUCGUUGUUAUUUUGAAAUGUCAUUUUUAUUUUAUAUUUUUGUGAAGGAAAAUCAAUAAAAAACUGUCUUAUAA